AUGUUAGGAAUAAGGUUCUUCUUCUUCUUCUUCUUCUUCUGCUCCUCCUCCUUCUCUUUCUCCUCCUUCUUCUCCUCCUCCUCCUUUCCUCCUCCUUCUUCUCCUCCUCCUCCUUCUUCUCCUCCUCCUCCUUCUUCUCCCCUUCCUCCUCCUCCUCCUCCUUCUUCUUCUUCUUCUUCUUCUUCUUCUUCUUCUUCUUCUUCUUCUUCUUCCAGUAUUAUUAUCUUUUUACUUGGAUUUUGCAUUCGCUUUCUUUUUAACUUUCUUUGUUUUUCUAUCUUGUUUACCUGGCUUUCUUUACUUGCCUUUAUUUUCUAUUUUCUUUCUGCGAAUUCCAUUCCUUUGUUUUUCUUUCUUUUUCUUUGUCUUUCUUUCUCCGAAUUCCAUUUUUUUGUCUUCCUUUCUGUAAAUUCUUUUCCUGUGUAUUUCUUUCUGCGAAUUCCUUGUUUGUUGUUUUUUCUGUGA